CACUUUUCUUCCCCAGUUCUUUCGGCAGUCCGCGAUCCUAGCUUUCCUUUGCUCUCUUUUCCCCUGAAGUCAACCGUCGUGAUACCCCCGUGAUCCUUCUUUUUUCUCUGUUUGUAGUUUCCUUCCUUCACACAAUACCCCCAAAAUGCAGCGCGCGUUGACCAGAGCUUCCGUCGGCAAGGCGGCCACUCGUCUUCCCGCCCAGCAGCUCCGCUUUGCUCACAAGGAGCUCAAGUUCGGUGUUGAGGGCCGUGCCGCUCUCCUCGCCGGUGUCGAGACCCUCGCCAAGGCCGUUGCCACCACUCUCGGUCCCAAGGGCCGCAAUGUCCUCAUCGAGUCCAGCUUCGGCUCCCCCAAGAUCACCAAGGAUGGUGUCACCGUCGCCAAGUCCAUCAGCCUGAAGGACAAGUUCGAGAACCUCGGUGCCCGCCUCAUCCAGGAGGUCGCCGGCAAGACCAACGAGGUCGCCGGUGACGGUACCACCUCCGCCACCGUCCUCGCCCGCGCCAUCUUCUCCGAGACCGUCAAGAACGUCGCUGCCGGCUGCAACCCCAUGGAUCUCCGCCGCGGUAUCCAGGCUGCCGUCGAGGCCGUCGUCGAGUACCUCCAGGCCAACAAGCGCGAUGUCACCACCUCCGAGGAGGUUGCCCAGGUCGCCACCAUCUCCGCCAACGGCGACAAGCACAUUGGUGAGCUGAUUGCCUCGGCCAUGGAGAAGGUCGGCAAGGAGGGUGUCAUCACCUGCAAGGAGGGCAAGACUCUCUACGACGAGCUCGAGGUUACCGAGGGUAUGCGCUUCGACCGCGGCUACGUCUCCCCCUACUUCAUCACCGACCCCAAGUCCCAGAAGGUCGAGUUCGAGAAGCCCCUGAUCCUCCUCUCCGAGAAGAAGAUCUCCCAGGCCUCCGACAUCAUCCCCGCCCUCGAGAUCUCCAGCCAGACCCGCCGCCCCCUCGUCAUCAUUGCCGAGGACAUUGACGGUGAGGCUCUUGCCGUCUGCAUUCUCAACAAGCUUCGCGGCCAGCUCCAGGUCGCCGCCGUCAAGGCCCCCGGCUUCGGUGACAACCGCAAGUCCAUCCUUGGCGACAUUGCCGUCCUGACCAAUGGUACCGUCUUCACCGACGAGCUCGACGUCAAGCUCGAGAAGGCCACCCCCGACAUGCUCGGCUCCACCGGCUCCAUCACCAUCACCAAGGACGACACCAUCAUCCUCAACGGUGAGGGCUCCAAGGAUGCCAUUGCCCAGCGCUGCGAGCAGAUCCGCGGCGUCAUGGCCGAUCCCUCCACCUCCGAGUACGAGAAGGAGAAGCUCCAGGAGCGUCUCGCCAAGCUCUCUGGCGGUGUUGCCGUCAUCAAGGUCGGCGGUGCCUCCGAGGUUGAGGUUGGUGAGAAGAAGGACCGCUUCGUCGAUGCUCUCAACGCCACCCGCGCUGCCGUUGAGGAGGGUAUCCUCCCCGGUGGUGGUACUGCCCUCAUCAAGGCUUCCGUCCACGCUCUCAAGAACGUCAAGCCCGCCAACUUCGACCAGCAGCUCGGUGUCACCAUUGUCCGCAACGCCAUCACCCGCCCCGCCAAGACCAUCAUUGAGAACGCCGGUCUCGAGGGCUCCGUCGUUGUCGGCAAGCUCACUGACGAGUUCGCCAACGACUUCAACAAGGGCUUCGACUCGGCCAAGGCUGAGUACGUCGACAUGAUCCAGGCCGGUAUUCUCGACCCCCUCAAGGUCGUCCGCACCGGUCUCGUUGACGCCUCCGGUGUCGCCUCCCUCCUCGGUACUACCGAGGUUGCCAUUGUUGAGGCUCCCGAGGAGAAGGGCCCCGCUCCCAUGGGUGGCAUGGGCGGCAUGGGCGGCAUGGGUGGCAUGAUGUAAGAAGGACAAGGAAAUUACAAACUACAACUGUGAAUCACACGGUCAGGAGAUGAAAAAUGUGUCUUUUUCUUUAUUUUUACCUUUGAUUUAUGGCGACAACAUGGGUUUGGGGGGCAUCGGGCUUGGUGUUAUCACGGACUGUAAAAAAAAUGUGUGUCAUGUAACUUUCUCUCCUCUCUACCUUUUCUCUUCGUGUGUUCUUACUAGCAUAUUCCGGCGGGCAUUGUUUGGAUGAUGAUGAUGCUCCUUGUACUAUAAUCUACGGACCACAGAGGAGGGUUAGAGUAGAGCAAAUCAUGAGAAUGAAUGAAACUGUACAAUACUGCUACUGAUGUCUCCUUGAAUAAUCCGAAAGCUGUGCAACCAUAGUUUUGGAGGUGCGUACCAUUUCUUGGAAUAUUACGCAUUCACCUUUAGGCAGCUGUUGAUAGUGUUCAGCGAAGCUGAUGUAUUA